GGUGCAUCCAUGAGCCAUAACGUUCCCCAAGUUUUUCAUCCUUUGUCUUCGCCGCGAUAGUGUGUGCGCGAGUGUAUGAGUGAGUCGCCGCCAGCCGAAAAUUUCAGUAAAUCGUCUCCGUGCGAGAGCGGAUUCGGACGAUGUUGUCCUUCAAUAUAGCGAGAACGAAACCGCCACUACGAAUUUGCGGGAUGCAACACCGCUCGUUGCAAUCCUGCGAGUCGCUCCUUCGAAGGGUCGUACUUCGGGGCUUCUGCAGCGGCACGAUCACGUCCGAGUGCCCUCACGCGUCGUCGUCCCCGGGGAUCGCACCCUCGUCUAUCAGAUCGUACGACGAAGUGCCGGGGCCGCGGCCGAUACCGAUCUUAGGCAAUGCCUGGCGGCUGCUGCCGCUGAUCGGCCAGUACCAAAUCUCGGACGUCGGCAAGAUCUCGCAGAUGUUCUACGACGAGUACGGCAAAAUCGUGCGGCUGGGCGGUCUGAUGGGCCGCCCGGAUCUGCUCUUCGUCUACGACGCCGACGAGAUCGAAAAGGUGUACCGGCAAGAGGGUCCUACGCCCUUCAGGCCCGCCAUGCCCUGUCUGGUGCACUAUAAGAGUGUCGUACGCAAGGACUUCUUCGGCGGUUUACCCGGUGUCGUUGGCGUACAUGGCGAGCCAUGGAAAGAAUUUCGUACGCGCGUCCAGAAACCUGUUCUCCAGCCGAAGACUGUGCGGAAAUACAUAACACCGAUCGAAGUAGUUACGGAGGAUUUCAUAAGGAGAAUCGAGGACAUUAAAGGGGACGACGACGAGCUGCCCGGCGAUUUCGAUAACGAAAUACAUAAAUGGGCUUUGGAAUGUAUUGGCCGUGUGGCGCUCGAUGUCAGACUCGGGUGCUUAGGAGAAACAUUGACUUCAGAUUCCGAGCCGCAAAAGAUUAUCGAUGCCGCGAAAUUCGCACUGAGAAAUGUUGCUUCGCUCGAACUUAAAGCCCCGUACUGGAGAUACAUCCCGACGCCCCUCUGGAGCCGUUACGUGCGCAAUAUGAAUUAUUUCAUCGAGAUAUGCAUGAAGUACAUCGACGCCGCGAUGGUCAGGCUUAAAAGUAAGAGAGCCGUGGACGAGAGCGACUUGUCGCUGAUAGAGCGAAUUUUGGCCAAAGAGACAGACCCUAAGAUAGCGUACAUCUUCGCUCUCGAUCUAAUAUUGGUCGGCAUUGACACGAUAUCGAUGGCGGUGUGUUCGAUAUUGUAUCAAUUAGCGACAAGACCGGAAGAGCAGGAAAAGAUUCAUCAAGAGCUCUUGCAAAUACUGCCGGACCCGUCCGUUUCUCUUACAACGAGCCAUCUGGAUCAAGCAAUCUACAUGAAAGCCUUCAUCCGGGAAGUGUUUAGAGUGUACUCCACUGUCAUUGGAAACGGUAGAACGUUGCAGAACGACACCGUCAUUUGCGGCUAUAAAAUUCCAAAAGGAGUUCAAGUCGUGUUCCCAACGCUCGUCACCGGCAAUAUGGAGGAAUAUGUCGCAGACGCGAAGACGUUCAAGCCUGCGAGAUGGUUGAAAGAUACUGACAACGAGAAUCUGCAUCCCUUCGCGUCGCUGCCAUUCGGUUACGGAGCACGGAUGUGCCUGGGCAGACGAUUCGCGGAUCUCGAGAUGCAAGUGCUUCUCGCGAAGCUUCUGAGAUCGUACAAACUGGAGUACCACCACAAGCCGCUGAAAUAUAACGUCACGUUCAUGUACGCGCCCGAUGGAGAACUCAAAUUUAAAGUAAUAAAAAGAUAACACUCCACAAGUCAUGCAAUACUGUAAAAUAAAUGUAAAGUAGCACGUUAAAACGUA